GCCAGCCCAAAGCCCGAGGGCUGCGCCGGGCAAGUCCGGACCCGCCCUUCGCCCAACCAGGCGAGAGGGGCCGGGCCAGGGGGCGGCCAAGGGCGAGGCUCGGAGGGGCCCCAGAGUCUGUUCCUCGCAGCGCUCCGCGGUCCUCUCCCUCUGCUGCAGCCAUGUCAAAGGUUCCUGUGUCCCCGACGGAAACGGAGUGCUGCAUUGAGUCCCUGCUGGCUGUCUUCCAGCGCUACGCCGGGCGCGAAGGCGACAACUGCACGCUCUCCAAGAAGGAGUUCCUCAAUUUCAUGAACACCGAGCUGGCUUCCUUCACAAAGAACCAGAAGGACCCAGGAGUCCUGGACCGGAUGAUGAAGAAGCUUGACUUGAAUUGCGACGGGCAGCUGGACUUCCAGGAGUUCCUGAACCUCAUUGGGGGCAUUGCACAGGCUUGCCAUGUUGCACUCUGUGUGCAGGCCCCCCCUGGCCACCACCAGACCAAGAAACUAUGACCCCGCCCAACCCACACCUACAGCCCAGCAAACAUUCCCGAUGUACCCUGUGCAAGACCAACCGUCAGCUGCAGACCUGCCCCCAGCCUGCGUGUCUUGGGGGGGCUCUCUUUGCUUUUGUAUCAGUAAAAGAAUGGUAUAAAAAAUUCCUAUU